AUGACAACGUCCGAACUUGAAGGUGGUCGAUUCGAUUUCGACGAUGGUGGAAGUUAUGUUGGUGAGUGGUGUGAAGGAAGAGCACAUGGACUUGGUAUAGCUACUGGGCCAGAAAAUCAAGGUGAAUAUUCAGGGGAAUGGAAUAUGGGUUUUGAAUCUCGAGGUGUAUAUAUAUGGCCAAGUGGAAAUAUUUAUAGUGGUACCUGGCUCAAAGGUAAACGUCAUGGUGAAGGUGUGCAAAUUAAAGGACGUUGGGUAUACAGAGGAUCAUUUACCACUGGAUUUUGUGGUCGUUAUGGUAUCAAGGAAUCUCUUACCAGUUGCGCCAAAUACGAAGGAAGUUGGCAUUUAAACCAGUUUGAUGGUUUCGGAGUAGAAACAAAUUCCGAUGGGAGUAUAUAUGCUGGAGCAUGGUCUAAAGGUAUGCGUCAAGGCCUUGGUGUUCGACGUUCAGCACCCUAUGCUCUGGCAGCUGAAUUUAACCGUACAGUACGUGCAGCCCAGUCACAAAAUAGUUUACCAUCAGGCACAGAUUCAGAGCGUGGAUGGAGGGGUACAAAUAGCUCUGGAGGAGGAAGUGGUGGUGAUGUUAGGAAUAGUGGAGAGAGAGGACGUCCAGAUGAACGCAGAAGUGGAUUUGUGCUGCGCUCCACAUCUUGUCCUUUACCAUCCUCACAAUCAAAUACUUCUAGAAGCAGUUCUUCAGGUUAUCGAAGUGCUACACCAACAACAGAGAAAAAGUCACUUUUUAAACGAGGUAUUUUUCGGAAAUUGCGGAAGCAGAAAUCAACUGGUGACCUAUCUAUGGUAGGAGGAAGGACAGUUGGUACAUUUUCCACAUGUGGAAGUGGAGGUGGUGGUUUAUUUCAUAGUCGGGGCGUCGACCAGGCGGAUCCUUAA